AUGCAGUCUCAACUGAAAGCCUUCCUUAGGAUAACUUCAUAUAAAUGUGAUAUUAUAAGAACACUGACAGUUACGAGUGAUAUAAAGUCAGACGAGAUUUUGAAAUCAUGGAGAGAUGUACCCGGGCCAAAAUCAUUACCAAUUAUUGGACAACUACAUCACUUUUUACCUGGAGGUGAACUAAGGAGUUUUGAAGAGCCUGAUGUAGUACAGAGGUUGUACGAUAAAUAUGGCCCUAUAGUGAGGUUUGACGGUAUGUUUGGAAUGGGCAGUAUGAUUGUAGUAAGCGAUCCGGAAAUAACGGCUUAUAUAUUGAGGAGCGAAAACUUCUCACCAAACCGGCCCGGUUUUGUUUCAUUAGAAUAUUAUAGAAAAGACUACAAGAAAAGCAAGGGUUAUGCGGUUGGGAUAACGGGCCUUAUGACCGAUCAUGGCGAUAAAUGGAAAGAAUUAAGAUCAUCUGUCAAUCCUGUUAUGUUACAACCGAACACUAUUAAACUUUACUGCACUGUGCUUGAUGGAGUGGCCCAAGAUAUGAUUAAAAGAAUGAAAACAGUGAGAGACGAGAAGUACAUGAUUCAAAAUAAAUUCGACAGUGAAAUGAACCUCUGGGCACUAGAAUCUAUUGCUACAGUAGCUCUUGGGUGCCGACUGAACUGUUUAGAUUCCACAUUGCCUGACGACUCACCUGAAAAACAAUUGAUUCAAUGUGUUCAUGAAUUGUUCAACACCGCUACACAACUGGAUUUUAAGCCAAGCAUUUGGCGAUAUGUUUCGACUCCACUGUUCAAAAGAGCCAUGAAACUAUAUGAACAACAUGAAAACCUUACGAAACAUUUCCUCAAAAAAGGUAUGAAGCAGUUGACGUUGAAUACAGAUCAAAAAGCAUCACACGAAAAAGGUGUUUUAGAAAAAUUGCUUGAAAUUAACGAAGAAUAUGCAUAUAUUAUGGCCAGUGAUAUGUUGUUUGCUGGAAUCGAUACGGCUGCCAAUACGAUGACUGCUGUACUUUAUCUUCUGGCGGUUAACCAAGAUAAACAGAAUAAGUUGAGAGAAGAAAUAGUGUCAAAGUCAGAUCGCAAACCAUAUCUGAAAGCGUGCAUCAAAGAAGGACUACGGUUAAUGCCGAUAAUAUCCGGCAAUUUCAGACGAUCUACCAAGCAGUAUAAUAUAAUGGGUUACAGAAUACCUAAGGACAUGAAUCUUGUGUUCAGCAAUAGUCAAAUGUCAUUAAUGGAGCAUCAUUACCCGCGAGCCAGAGAGUAUAUUCCUGAACGUUGGACUGCUGAGAAAAAUGAUCCACUUUACUACGGGAAGGCCCAUCCGUUUGCGUAUGUCCCAUUUGGGUUCGGUACUCGGAGUUGUAUAGGUCGCCGCAUUGCUGAAUUGGAGAUCGAAACGUUUUUAUCACGUGUCAUAGAGAACUUUAAAGUGGAAUGGUUGGGUCCUCCUCCGAAGCUGGAACACUCAUCAGUUUUGCACGUUAAGAGUCCUUUUUACUUUACCUUUAAAGAUAUAAAAUAA